UUGAGCUCCGCCCGCCCAUCUCUCUGUGCACUUUGACCUCUUCUCUCUUUGGCAAAUAUUUGCCUCGUUUCCACCCUAAAGUAGUCUGAGCGUUGCUUUUGAAGAGGGAAGAUGUCCAAAAAUCACAGGCUGCUUGUGAAAAAUGCAAAGCAGGUUGUUUUAAUCUGCAACAAUGGGGAGAAGUUCCUGACCAGACAUGGGAUGAACAACCUGCGUGUGAUCGAAAACGCCAGCAUUGUUGUCGGCAGUGAUGGUCUGAUAAAAGCUGUGGGUCCUGCAGAAACCAUCAGCGCUCGGUACUCUGAGUCCUUCUUUGAUAAUGUGAUCGAUGCUGCCGGGAUGUGUGUUCUUCCUGGGCUUGUUGAUGCUCACACUCAUCCAGUCUGGGCCGGAGACAGAGUUCAUGAAUUUGCAAUGAAGCUAGCCGGAGCCACCUACAUGGAGGUGCACCGCGCCGGAGGAGGAAUCCACUACACGGUGGAGCACACUCGAGCCGCCGCCGCCUCCGACCUGCUGUCCUCCCUGAGGAGCCGGCUGCAGAGGAUGCAGCGAGCCGGAACCACCCUGGUGGAGUGCAAGAGCGGAUACGGCCUGGAGCUCCAGACGGAGCUGAAGAUGCUGGAGGUGAUCGAGGAGGCGAGCAGAUUGCUUCCCAUCAGCAUCUCCUCCACCUACUGUGGAGCCCACGCUGUGCCCAAAGGGAAAACGGUGGCAGAAGCCACAGAGGACGUCCUGCAGGUUCAGCUUCCUCGGCUGAAGGAGCUGAUGUCUGCCGGGAGACUGAAGGUCCAAAACAUCGACGUUUUCUGUGAACAGGGAGUUUUUGACCUGGACUCGACGCGCGCCGUCCUGCUGGCUGGGAAAGAAAUGGGGCUCAACAUCAACUUCCAUGGAGACGAGCUGCAUCCCAUGAACGCUGCAAAGAUGGGAGCGGACCUCGGCGCGUUGGCUAUCAGCCAUCUUGAGGAGGUCACAGACGAAGGGAUCGUCGCCAUGGCGAAAUCGAAAACCGCUGCCAUCCUCCUCCCGACCACGGCUUACAUCCUACGGUUGCCUCAGCCUCGGGCCAGAGACAUGCUGGAGGCAGGGGUGAUCGUCGCCCUCGGCAGCGACUUCAACCCCAACGCUUACUGCUGCUCCAUGCCGGUAGUGAUGCAUCUAGCCUGCGUCAACAUGAGGAUGUCCAUGACUGAGGCUUUGGCUGCCGCUACCAUCAAUGCCGCGUACGCUCUCCGCCGCUCCGACACGCACGGAUCCCUGGAGGUGAACAAACACGGAGACCUGCUGAUCCUGAACGCAACACGGUGGGAGCACCUGAUUUACCAGCUGGGCGGGCAUCAGGAGCUCAUCCGCUACGUCGUCAUCAGAGGAAACAUCGUGUACGAUAACGACAAAACCCUUGACCUCUGACCCCGAAGGAAUCCCAGCAGAGGUGAAUUGGGACUGGCUCUACAUCCAUGUGUAAUGUGCAUGUUGCACUGCUGGACCAUGAUUUAAAAGGCUCAGUACAUGUAGUACAUGUAGUUACUUCCUUUUCCACAGUCCGUGUAUAAACAGUCACUGCAGCUCAAAAUUACGUUACUAAACUUAACUGCAGUUAAAUUAAAUUAAGAUCAGUGGAAACUUUCAGUUAAUGCAAACAUAUCACCCAAAGAGUAUUACAUUUGUGCACAUUCCUCAAAAAGCUAAACUGAGAUGCUAAUAAUAGCCUGUAUGCUAGAAACCCUCAUGUUGACCAACAGUAACAAACAGCAGUGUAAAAAACUGUUAGUUAAAUUAGGGGUGGAGGAGCUCAAGAAGUCAUUUAAACUUUCUUGUAAUUCUGAAAAGUACGAUAUUUCCAGACUGUAAAUCACUUUUUUCAUCAAAAUGUUACUGAUAGCACAUCGUCAAUAAAAGAACAUUUCCAGGAUUAAAGGACUAAUGUCUCAGCCAGAUCUAGAGAAACUCAUCCAUGCGUUUAUCUUCAGUCGUAUUGAUUAAUGUAACGGCGUCUUCACAGGUCUGUCCAACAAAUCAAUCAAACAGCUGCAGCUGAUCCAGAAUGCUGCUGCUCACGUCCUCACUAAAACCAGGAAGAUAGAGCACAUAACACCAGUUUUAAAGUCCCUCCACUGGGUCCCUGUAGCUCAAAGAAUAGAGUUUAAAAUACUGUUGUUAGUUUAUAAAUCAAUGAAUGGUUUAGCACCACAAUACAUUAAAGAUCUGCUGCUGUUGUAUCAACCUUCCAGAACUCUCAGGUCUUCUGGUUCUGGUUCUGCUCUGCAUCCCCAGAACCAGAACCAAACGAGAAGAAGCGGCAUUUAUCAUCUAUGCACCAAAAAUCUGUAACAAACUUCCAGAAAACUGUAAAACAGCUGAAACACUGACUUCCUUUAAAUCUCAAAUAAAAACCCACUUGUUUAGAAUUGUAUUUGAAACUUAAUCAAUUGCAAAUUUAUUGACGGAAUCUGACUUGAUGUUCUGUUUUUAUUGUUGAUUCUAUGUUGCAUUGUGUUUCUGUGUUUGAUUUGGUGUAAAGCACUUUGAAAUGCCUUGCUGCUGAAAUGUGCUGCACAAAUAAAAAUUGAUUUGAUUUGAAGUUUGAAUAAAACCUUUCAUGCUUGUUGUGUUCUUUAUACAUAGAUGAGUGUGAUUUAUUUUUCUUUCAACUGUACCAGAUCACGAAAAAUAAUAAACCCUGAUCAUAAAGACGGUAGUUUAA